GGUCUCGGGUGGAAAGGUUUAGCUGUCGAAUUUUCCAUCGAGGGUAGCCGAUAACAAUUUACAGGAUCACGCUUUCAAUUUGGUUCCGAUUUUAUUGAUAAUCGAUCAGACAUCCGCCAUGUCACGCCCUGUCGACAUAUAUCGGACAGCCAACGUUAGGAAUGGCAUUCAGGGGACGGCGCGUGCCUACAGGUCCCCGGCUAGUUCGCCGUCCGAGAAUGACGUCAUCAAAAUCUAUUAUCAUCCGAUAAGCCCGCCGUCUCGGAACGUCAUGAUGGUUGCUAAGGAGCUUGGAGUGCCUCACGAGCUACGUCACGUGGACUUGUUCAAAGGCGAGCACAAAACGGAGGAGUUUCUUCGCAUCAAUCCCUUUGGAACACUGCCGUCUCUUGUCGACGAGGGUUUCAUCGUGUGUGAAAGUCGCGCCAUAGUCACAUACCUCGCCAACCGUUACGGCAAAGACGACAACCUGUACCCUAAAGACCCACGCCAGCGCACCCGAGUAGACAGCGCCCUGCAGUUUGAUGUCGCUGAUCUAUGGCCGGCCAUAAAAGCAUUACAGAAACCGCAGUUGUUUGGAAAAACACCGGCUGCCGACGCAGAAGAAGCAGUUCUCGCGCAACUGCGGCACGUGGACAGGAUGCUAAGCGAACGCAAGUAUCUUGUUUCCGACCACGUGACCCUCGCCGACAUAUGCGUCUUGAGCAGCGUGACGUUUCUGGAAUGUUUCGGCAACUUUAGCAUCGACCAAUUCGAGAAUGUAUCGUUGUGGGUGGAUCAGUUGAAACGCGAGUUAAGAUGCUACGAUGUCGUGAACGAAGGGUUCGAAUUAUGGAAAGCAGACAAUCGGAAGCGCCAGGAAUAGUGCGAACAUAUUAUAUAUAUAUAUAUAUAUAUAUAUAUAUAUAUAUAUA